UACCUAUUUGGUACGUUUUGGUAUGUUUUGAUACGUUUCGGUACUUUUCGGUACUUUUCAAUUGGUGCAUUGCUGCGUGCCAUAAAAGCCAUAAAAACCCAAGAAGAAAGCAUCAGAAAAGCCGCCCGUGCAUAUAAAAUCAACAGAACCAGCUUGAAAAGAUAUUUGGAUAAGUUCGACAAAGAGGUUCCAGACAUUUCUAAAUUGUCUGAUGACGAGUUGUUGACUAUCCUUCGCCGUAUUGGAUCGUAUGCGACACCAAAGCAGAUUUUUGAUGAAGAACAAGAACAAGCACUUGUAGAAUAUCUCGUGCGAUGCUGUCAUCUGUAUUACGGCCUGAGUAUUACAGAAUUGAAAAAAUUGGCGUACGAAUACGCGCGCAAGCUGAACAUCGAUUAUCCAACAAAUUGGGAUAAUGAACAAAUGGCCGGUAAAACCUGGUACUAUGGUUUCAUGUUACGUCACCCAAGUCUUUCUUUGCGAACACCCGAACAAACCAGCAUCAACCGAGUCAGAUCGUUUUGCAAGGAAAAUGUUCUCACUUCACCAGAAUUGGUUGCCACACUCAAAGAUAGAAAGGAGAAGAGUGAUGCCGCGAAAAAGAAGAAGGAAGAUAGCGCAAAGAAACGAAAGGGUUCGCCGCGAAAGGAAACACCGAAAAAGCGAACACAGCCAUCACGGGCCGCCGCCGCAAAAAAGAAAUCGUCGUCGACAUCGGACGAAGAUGUGGAUUUUUGCAUGAUCUGCAUGCAGAAUCUGCCAGCCAAAUUAACCAGCGCCAACUCCAUCGAGUGCAAUAAGUGCAAACGACCAUUUCAUUUGAAGUGCGUACACUUGACACGCAGCUAUUUCACAUGCCAAAAUUGUGACUCAGAUGCGGACCUUUCAGAAUGAAUUUUGAUUGAAUUUUUUUACUUUUUAUUCUCUUUUUUAUGGCCGAGGCCUUUCAAAUAAAUUUAACGAUAAUAAACACUUGAAA